ACUGAUGUAAAAUCACUCUGACUUUUCCUUAGUUUUUAAAAUGGCGGCCCGAGUGAUAUCACGGUCUUAUAGCGCUGGUCUUUUGAAAAAUGGCAAUCGUAUUGCCGUUCAAAAGGUGAAUAGUUUUUCAACCGGGCCAACGUUGAAAGUUGACAAAAAGUGUUGGAUUGUAGGUACACUCGCUAGUGUAACUGGUGGCGUUUGGUACGCUUUGGAAUCUGUUAAUGCAUCAGAUCCCAAAGCAAUGCCAUCGCCUUUGCCAUGGACCCAUAAAGAUUUGUUGAAAGGAUAUGAUCAUGCCAGCAUGCGACGUGGUUAUGAGGUCUACAAACAAGUGUGUGCUUCAUGCCAUUCAUUGCAAUACCUCGCUUACCGUCAUUUAGUUGGUCAAACUCAUACGGAAGAAGAAGCCAAAGCUGAAGCUGCAGAAAUGACCGUUGUCGAUGGUCCAGAUGAUACGGGUGCUAUGUUCGAGCGUCCAGGUCGAUUGACUGACUACAUUACGGGCCCAUACAAAAAUGAACAAGAAGCACGUUUCACAAACAACGGUGCCUAUCCACCAGAUCUUAGUCUUAUUGUUUUGGCUCGUAAAGGCGGCGAAGAUUACAUUUUCCACUUGCUUACCAACUACACGGACACUCCAGCCGGUGUAAAACUAGGCGAAGGCCAAGCUUAUAAUCCAUAUUUCCCAGGCGGUGCUAUUGGUAUGCCACAAGUCAUUUACGAUGGCCUCGUUGACUAUGCCGACGGAACACCAAAUUCGGCAUCACAAUUGGCCAAGGAUGUUGUAACAUUCUUGACAUGGGUGGCUGAUCGUAGUCUUGAAGAUAGAAAACAGAUUGGUAUUAAGGCGCUCCCAAUAUUAUUCUUAAUGUUUGCUGGCUCUUGGUACGCAACCCGAUUCAUAUUCAAACCAUUGAAAACAACCAAAUAUGAAUUCAUUUCAAGAAUCCGAAAGCAAAAGUUUUAAAUUAAUUUAAACGAGAGAAACCAACAACAACAACAAUAAUAAUAAAACAAAAACCAGAAACAAAAUAUUACCAUCAAUUAAUGAAACAAGUGUUUGUGAAUAAAAAAUUUAUUCGAAAAAUUGCAAAUAAAUAUGAGACCGUAAGAGUUAAAUUAAAUAGAC